UCACGGCCUCCGCAACCACCACCACCCGCUCCUACGCCCCCCCCCCCUUUCCUCUUUCCCCCCUUUCCCGUACUCUCUCCGCCCGCGGCCACGCCUCGACACCAUGCGCCUCACCCUCGCUCGGAUCUCCGAGAUCGCUGGGCAAGAUCCCCGGGAGAUGACCUCCUUCGCCUCGCGUGACAGUGGGAUCACUGAACUGGACGAUCUGAGUCCCUGUGUCAAUAUGGUCCGGAUCGACCUGACCAAGAAUGCCAUCAAAGAUCUUUCUGGGCUGGCACACAACUAUCACCUGUCGGUGAUUUACGCUAGUUUCAACCAGAUUGAGGAUAUGUCCGAUCUGGCGAAGCUGAAGUCCGCCCGCGUCAUUCACCUUGGAGGCAACAACAUUACCACCAUCUCCGGUCUGGAGAACUUGACCGAGCUGCGGGCAUUGGUUCUCAACAACAAUCGCAUUACCCGCGCCGAGGGGUUCGGCCAUCUGCCGCACCUGAACACCAUUGUUCUCUCGCACAACCCACUGAGCAUGCCGCCGGUCAUUCGCUCUUUCCCGAAGACCCUGACCAAGCUGGCCCUCGCCAACACCGGGCUGCGCGCGGUGCCGGAAGACCUGGGCAAGCACCUACCGGAGCUGCAAGAGCUGUCCCUCAAUGGCAACAAGAUUCUGUCGAUCGGUGACGCCCUCACCGGCUGUGGCCGCCUCCGCGUCCUGGAUCUCGGCAACAAUCUCCUUCACACCUUGGAGACACUUGUCUCGCUGAAGGAACUCUCAGCCCUAUCCAACCUCAACAUCCGGGGCAACCCUUUCAAGGAGGCCCCAGAGUCGGAACAGAAGUCAGCCGCCGACGAAGCGACGGAGACCGCGAGUCCUGCGGAGGGCGACGCCGAUGCAUCGGAAACGGCCGACGAGCCGAACACCGCGACCGACACCAAGUCCACCCCCACCCCCACCGCCCUUCCGUGGUAUACGCAGUUUGUCACGGCCAACGUUUGCCCUGGCCUGCGGAUUCUUGACGGGCGUCGCUUCGAUCCGGGCUUCCUGGACCGUCGCCGUAAGCGGACCCUCCUCGCCCAGAAGCGCAAAGACCCGGCCGCCUUCAAGGAGGUGACGAAGAAGCUGGCCAAGCAGGAUGCUGCUCCCGCCGAGGGGGACAACAAGAAGGAGCCUGGGAUGCCGAAGCGGGAUGUCGACCGCGCCGCCGAUCGCCCGGCAUCCAAGGGUGGUCGCUUUGAGGGGAAGCGCUCGCGUGAGCAGGGUGGCCCCUCGGAUCGGCCGGAAAAGCGCUCGCGCUUCCAGCGGCCGGGGCAGCCGCAGCGCCCGCCUCGCUCGGAUGGCGACGAGCAGCCGCCGAAGCCUUCGAAGCCCGCCUUCGGCAAGAGCAAGAUGUUCUCCAGUGAGCCGGUCACCAGCGGGGCCGCUCGUGAGUAUGGCACUCGGCAGCCGAAGCGCCCUCCGUUCCACAAGAAGCCCGGCUCCUUCCAGCCGAAGCGGGCCAACUGAGACCCAUUUUUCGGCGGAAAAAAAGGGAAGAUGCGCCCACGGCCUCUCCUCUUGGCAAGCAAAAUAGACAACACACAUAGCCA